UUUAUAUCCCGUAAAUAAAACCCUUUCCUCUCCAAAACCCCAAACCCCACUCUCGCCUCUAUAGUCUGUACUCUUUUUCUUCAGUAGACUAGUUCGUUACCCGUCCCUCCGCCGCGCCGCUCUCCUCUCGGUGCCUCUGUCUGCGUCUCCUUUGCGAAUUCAAAUCCGAGCUAGCAUUAGCAAUGGCAGGCUUUCCACCUCCCGGUGCCACAAUCCUCGGCGAUGCUGCCGCUGGGAAGAAGAUCGAUGAAGUCGGGAAGAAGAAAGUCGAUUACUUCAACCUCCCUUGCCCCAUUCCCUUCGAAGAACUUCAACGCGAAGCUAUCAUGUCUUUAAAGCCUGAGCUUUUUGAAGGGAUGCGUUUUGAUUUCACCAAAGGGCUUAACCCCAAAUUUUCGCUGAGUCACAGCGUUUUCAUGGGUCCCAUGGAACUUCCUUCUCAAGGGGCUGAAACCCUUAAAAUUCCCACUGCUCAUUAUGAAUUUGGUGCUAAUUUUAUCGACCCAAAGGUAGGUGACGGUUGCCAUGUUUAGAUUCCCUUGCUCUGUUGAGUAAUUGAACUCCUGAAAUAUUAUGAUUGACAUAUGGCGUUUUCAGUUGAUGCUCAUUGGAAGGGUCUUGACCGACGGGAGACUAACAGCAAGGGUGAAAUGCGACUUAACUGAUGAUCUUAGUUUAAAAGCUAAUGCUCAGCUGUCAAAUGAGCCAAAUAUGUCUCAUGGCAUGGUCAACUUUGAUUACAAGGGCAAAGAUUACAGAACUCAACUUCAAUUAGGAGAUGGUUCUUUGUUUGGAGCUAGUUACAUUCAGGUACUUUACCCAAUUCAAGCGCUGGUUUUGUAGUAUUACCCCACAUUUAUCCAUGGGUGGUGAAGUAUUUUGGGCAGGUCAGCAUCUAAAGUCUGGUGUUGGGUAUGCUGCUCGGUAUGAGAACGAUAAAAUGGUAUAGUGGCUUCCUUUUGUGUCCUUAAAAGGUUUCUAGCAUGUUCCUUUUGCUUUGAUGUGGGGAAAUAUGAUCCAUACCAUACACUUGAUUUCUUAUGUUUCUGCAACCCCAGUCUUUACUUAUUUGUGCUGUUUGGUUUUCAGGUUGCGACAGGGCAAGUUGCUAGCACCGGUAUGGUUGCCAUGAGCUACGUCCAGAAGGUCUCAGAGAAGGUUUCAUUGGCAACAGAUUUCAUGUACAAUUACCUUUCGCGAGAUGUGACUGCCAGUGUUGGAUACGAUUACAUCCUCAGACAAGCUCGUCUGAGAGGGAAGCUAGACUCCAAUGGGUGUGCUUCUGCAUUCUUGGAGGAGCGGUUGAACAUGGGUCUCAACUUUGUCCUAUCGGCCGAGAUUGAUCAUAAGAAGAGUGACUACAAAUUUGGAUUCGGGCUGACAGUAGGGUAAGUAGCCCGGUUCUGUUGUAUGAGUUGAGGGGGAGGACGAGUUCAAGGAAGGAGAUGGAGUCACCGGCGGCCACCGGGCUUGUGUUCUGUUCCCCCCGGUCCCUUCUACGGUGGGGGAAAAUGGAUGAAAGGAGGGGAGCUGGAAUGUUAAAUUCUGUUUCUGUAUUGUUUUUUUUUUCAUCAAUUUUUUUUUGAAAAAAAUGGAGAGGUUAGGAAGCUAUAAACAAGCUCCGUAGCGUUAAGUAGUGAUUAAGAGUAGGAUUUGCGUGAGUUAAAUAUUUAACUUGCGACCGACCUCCCCACAUUACUCUUUCUUUGAGCAAUAAUUGAGUAUUAGCUCAUUGUCAUUGUUGCUGAAAAAAUCCACCUGGGGAAUGUUAGUGCUGUAAUUUUUGGUUUAUCAAAUACCGUAAAGAAGCUGUUCCUCUCUUUCUGGUCAUGAUUCCUUGUUAUUUUCAUUGGAGC